UCCGACUUCAUCCAUCGUCUCUCGAUUCAAUUCAUGAUCAUUACCUACCUUUCCACCCAACGUCUCCCAUCACCCGCCAAUCCGAAUCUCAUCAUCACGCGCGGACGAGUGCUCUCAAUUGCGAAAGCAAGACAGUCCGGCAACCAUGGGCGGGCAACAGCCGGAUCUGUUGCCUCGCUCCGAGCACGAGGAUCUGCCCUCGGCGUCCGGGUCAGCGCCAGCCUCGCGAAUCAACAGGGACAAGGUCAAAUGCCUCGAUGGUCUGCGCGGGAUCGCAUGCCUUCUUGUUUUCAAUUAUCACUUCUUUUGGCCAUGGACCCCCAUGAUCAUGCUAGGCUACGGCGCGUUUCCUCCGCGUGCGCCCGAGCCAUAUUGGGGUUGGCAGUCGUUACCUAUUAUUUGCCUUUUGCACCGUGGGCGUCCCAUGGUUGCUAUUUUCUUCGCCAUCUCGGGCUAUGUCAUCUGUCGCCAUGUUCUCCGCUUGAUUCAUGAGCGCAAGCUUGAUGCUGCCUAUCAGAGGCUUGCGUCAUCCGUUUUCCGACGCGUGUUUCGCCUCUAUAUCCCUCCCACUAUCAGCAUGUUUCUGGUCGCCGUGUUAGCGCAGACCGGCGCCUUCAAAUCCGAGUUCGCCAUCUACAAAGGCCCUGAUUCGCGUUACAUCAAUGCGACCAUCACUCACGCGGACUUGGCCGAGGGCAACUUUUGUCGCGACGGAACCGCUGUGAAAGGAGCAGCAGGCAUCGCGAAUUACCUGGGUAUAGAGGCGACCGCAUACCUCCGCAACACCACUGGCUACCCCGAGGGAAACACCACGGAUUGGACGGAUAUGCUUCUCUGUGUCAAUCACACCACCCGGUCGUAUGGACCAGCACAGCUCUACACGUUGAAAUCCGAGUACGAAGCACAGUUCCCCAAGCUUGCCGAGGACACUCCUGGGAUGGAGCGACUUGCGGCUCUCGGUUCUGUCGACGACAACGACAAUGACUUGGCUCUCUCCUCGGGUAAUGUCACCGAGGCCGCAGGCCCAUUGAACCUUACCUGGGUUCAAAUGGGAGGCUCUUGGGAGGAGCAUCCCUUCAUCCACCCGAACUUGACAUACGCGAUGAAAAACUUCACCAGGUCAUAUGCUGAAUGGGCAAACCCCUUCAACUUCGGUCACUAUCAUCCGCGUUACGAUCCGCAUACUUUCACAAUCCCAAUGGAACUCCGCGGCUCGAUGCUCGUCUACAUCUUCCUCCUGGGAACAGCUGCCAUCAAGGCCACGUGGCGAACGGCAAUCGGCAGUCUUCUCUCUGCGUACAGCUUGUUCAUCGGACGAUGGGACAUGGCUGCCUUCCUGGGCGGUAUGCUGCUAUCCGAGCAUGAUGUUCGGCGUUCAUCGGACUUGCCGCCAUUGGCUCCUGGUGCGAGGGGACGGGGAGGCGAUGUCCAACGAACGACAAAGGGCGCGGCGGCGCUGCGAUGGGCUGGUAUCGUCCUGGCGCUGUAUUUCCUAUCGUACCCCGACUCCGGUGCCGAGUACACGCCCGGCUUCGCGUACCUUUCGACCUGGGUACCCAAGUACUACAACAAGCUGUCCGGAUGGAUGUUCUACGAGGCAAUGGGUGCCGUGCUCCUCGUUGCUUGCAUCAUGCGGAGUCCGGGGCUCGUUCGUUUGCUCGAGAGCCGUCUUCCGCAAUAUCUCGGCAAGAUCAGCUUCUCGUUGUAUCUCGUCCACGGCCCUGUGCUGCAUAGCUUGGGUUUCUGGAUCAUGCCGAGACUGUUCGACAGCUUCGGCAAAACAGGCGGGUAUGCGAUCGGAUGGGUUGUUCUGCUGGCGGUGACGUUUUACCUGUCGGAUCUGUGGAACAAGAAGAUUGACAGCUGGAGUGUGACGGUUGGGAGAAGAGUGGAGAAGAUGCUUGCAGAGGACUGAAUCCAAGUGACAUGACUGUGAGGUUUGACAGCAAACAAGGGCAUAAAGAGGGGAUAAGCGACAAGGGAUAGCAGAGGAUUCGAGGUAGAGGAGAAGUUGAUAUGUAGAUUACUGUAUUUACACAGAGUUUCGCGUCUUGAAAAUGCUUUGCCUGAGCUUUAUGCCAGUUGCAAGCAAUGAGAAUAUCACAUGAGUGUAAGCCGGGUGAGCUGGGUGGGCCAGCUUGGUUCACCCUGCCCG